UCCGCUCCGCCUCCUUCGCUUAGCCCGCGAGUGCUCGGAGGGAAGAGUCGGCGGGCGGCGGCGGCCAGCGGCGAGGGGCGAGGGGCGAGCGCGCGGCUCCCGAGGAGAGGCCGAGAUGACCGGCUCGAACGAGUUCAAGCUGAACCAGCCGCCCGAGGACGGCAUCUCGUCGGUCAAGUUCAGCCCCAACACGUCGCAGUUCCUGCUGGUGUCCUCGUGGGACACGUCGGUGCGCCUCUACGACGUCCCGGCCAACUCGCUGCGGCUCAAGUACCAGCACACGGGCGCCGUGCUCGACUGCGCCUUCUACGACCCGACGCACGCAUGGAGCGGCGGCUUGGACCAUCAGCUGAAGAUGCACGAUUUGAACACGGACCAAGAAAACCUUGUUGGAACGCACGAUGCCCCCAUCAGAUGUGUGGAAUACUGUCCGGAAGUGAACGUGAUGGUCACUGGGAGUUGGGAUCAGACGGUGAAAUUGUGGGAUCCCAGAACUCCUUGUAACGCCGGCACCUUCUCUCAACCCGAAAAGGUGUACACCCUCUCCGUGUCGGGGGACCGCCUGAUCGUGGGCACCGCGGGCCGCCGCGUGCUGGUGUGGGACCUGCGCAACAUGGGCUACGUGCAGCAGCGCCGGGAGUCCAGCCUGAAGUACCAGACCCGCUGCAUCCGGGCCUUCCCCAACAAGCAGGGCUAUGUGUUAAGCUCCAUUGAAGGCCGAGUGGCUGUUGAGUACUUGGACCCAAGCCCUGAGGUGCAGAAGAAGAAGUACGCCUUCAAGUGUCACCGACUGAAAGAGAACAACAUUGAGCAGAUCUACCCAGUCAAUGCCAUUUCCUUUCACAACAUCCACAACACAUUCGCGACAGGUGGUUCUGAUGGGUUUGUAAAUAUUUGGGAUCCCUUCAACAAAAAGCGGCUGUGUCAGUUCCACCGGUACCCCACCAGCAUCGCCUCCCUGGCCUUCAGUAAUGAUGGGACCACGCUCGCAAUAGCAUCAUCAUAUAUGUAUGAAAUGGACGACACGGAGCAUCCUGAAGAUGGUAUCUUCAUUCGCCAAGUGACAGAUGCCGAAACAAAGCCCAAGUCACCAUGUACUUGACAAGAUUUCAUUUACUUAAGUGCCAUGUUGAUGAUAAUAAAACAAUUCGUACUCCCCAGUGGUGGAUUGAUUACUAUUAACAAAGAAGCCAGGGAAAAAUACUAAUUUUAAUACUAUAAGAACCUGAAAAUAAUGGAAAAGAGGUUUUUAUUGAAUUUUUUUUUUUCAAUAAAUUCUUUCUUAAAUGCAUGAGA